AUGUGUAUUGCUGCUAUCAAGGGUUGGCCUUUACAUCAGUUGGAUGUUAAUAAUGCCUUCAUCCAUGGUGAUUUAGAGGAGGAAGUGUACAUGUCCUUACCACAGGGCUAUCACAGCAAGGGGGGCUGUUCAACAGAUGCUAGACCUUUUGUAUGCAAGUUGAGAAAGUCACUUUAUGGAUUGAAGCAGGCCAGCAGGCAGUGGCAUGCUAAACUAUCCACAACAAUCACUGAAAUGGGUUUUGUUCAAUCAAAAUCUGAUUAUGCCCUAUUUGUACAUUCAAAGGGCUCUAAUUUUACUGCCCUUUUGGUCUAUGUAGAUGACAUAUUGAUCACAAGUAAUGAUGCUCAAUGUGUAGCAGAUUUAAAAGAACUCUUGGAUGCUAAGUUUGGGAUAAAAGACUUAGGAACCUUGAAGUAUUUUCUGGGGUUAGAAGUGGCAAGGAGUGACAAGGGCAUUACUCUUAAUCAGAGAAAAUAUGCCUUAGAAGUGUUGACAGAUUCAGGUAUGAUAGGCUGCAAGCCUAUGAAAACUCCUAUGGAGCAGCACCUUAGAUUGUCAAAGGAUGAAGGAGAGUUAAUUGAUGAUCCUUCACAGUACAGAAGGCUUAUAGGUAGGUUGAUUUAUUUAACCUUGACAAGACCAAACAUUUGUUAUGCAGUGAAUAGGCUAAGUCAAUUUUUGAGCAAGCCUAGGCAUCCUCACAUGGUGGCAGCACUAAGGGUUUUACAAUACAUCAAGGGUGCUCCAGGGCAGGGGUUGUUUUUCUCAGCCAACUCAGAUUUUCAAUUGAAGGCAUUUUGUGAUGCGGACUGGGCAGGAUGCCCUGACACUAGGAGAUCUUUGACAGGAUAUUGCAUUUUCCUUGACUUCAAGAUUGAGCACUCCAAGGCUGCACUACUCUACUGUGACAACAAGGCAGCCUUGCACAUAGCUGCAAACACAGUGUUCCAUGAGAGAACAAAACAUAUAGAAGUAGAUUGUCAUUUAGUCAGGGAAAAAAUACAGGCAGGUAUGAUUAAGACUUUCCAUGUCAGGACCAAUUUACAACUGGCUGAUGUGUUUACUAAAGCACUUGGUGCACCUGCAUUCUUGGAUUUGAUUAGUAGAUUAGGAUUACUCAACAUUUUCAGUCCCAACAUUACUUAUUCACAACCAUGGCAAGACUCAGAAGCUAUUUCCACAGCAGAAGCAGCUCUGGUCUUGAGGGGGGCUGUUAAGAAGAUCAACCAAAAGAGUAAACCUGAAGCAGUGGUGAAUAAAGGAAGACUGACUCGUGUAAGAAAGACUAAAGAGCAAAAGAAGAAAAGGGGAUUAAACGACAGUAACAUUAGUAUAUUACUGAGAAAGCUACUUGUAGCAUUAAAAGGAGUUCACGAGACAAGGUCUCAUGCUCGUGCGUCUGGUGAGGAAGAAAAGGUGAUGACAAGGAAGCAGAAGGCAGAGAGCAAAGAACAUGAAGCAGAGCAAUCUCCAAAGAAGCCCAAGUCUGAAAAUGAAAACGGCCAGCCUAAUGGAAAAGAUGCGGCCGAGAUAGCUGCCGAGUUUGAAGAAUUCUGUAAAGCCAUUAAAGAGCAUCUCUAUCAACAAAUGCGUGAAAUACUGGAAGCUAAUGGCGAAGACUCCUCCGGCCCUGAUAGUGCUAUUGUCUCUAAAUGCCAAGAUUUGCUGUUUUAUGGGGUGUUGGAGAAAUGCUCACUUUUUUGCAAUGGCAAUUUGGAGUACACGGGUACACGCUAUUCUUGCUAUUCUUGCAGAGGAUUUUAUAGUGAGUGGUCUUCUUGCACCUUCAACACCAAGGAUCCUCCAAGGAAACAAGAACCAAUCAAAUUACCAGUUAUUCUCAAUUCUCCUGUUUCAGAUUUACUAAAGAAGUAUCAGGAUCCAAGUCGCCGGCCUCACAGGGAUUUAGUCACCACAGAUAAACCUUUUACAUGAAUGAUGAUCUCUCUGAUGGGCCGUCUUUCUUGAACAAAUGAUUAUUGGAGAAAAGAGAUUGAAAAACAUGGAGGAAAAGUUGCCAACAAAGUCAUAGGUGCGACUUGUCUGGUUGUUUCUCCAGCUGAGAGAGAGCGUGGUGGCACGUCUAAACUUGUGGAAGCAAUGGAGAGAGGCAUUCGUGUAGUGAGUGAAGCUUGGUUGGCAGAUAGUGUUCACAAAAAAGAAGCCCAACCCUUUGAAGCUUUUGAUGUUGUCAGUGAUCUCUCGGUAGAUGGGAAAGGAAUUCCAUGGGAUAAACAAGAUCCUAGUGACGAGGCACUUGAAUCACUCUCAGCAGAACUAAAGCUUUAUGGUAAGAGAGGAGUAUACAAGGAUUCCAUAUUGCAGGAGCAAGGCGGAGAGAUAUUCCAAAAAGAUGGGAUACUGUAUAAUUGUGCCUCUUCUCUUUGCGUCUUAGGGCGUGGACUGAAUGACUAUUGUGUGAUGCAACCGAUCACAGUGCCAGAGCGUGGCUUGCAUCUGUACUAUAAGAAAGAUAGAGUGGGUAAUGAUCCAAACGCAGAGGAGAGGCUCAAACAGUGGGAAGAUGUGGAAAAUGCUGUGAAAGAGUUUGUGAGGCUCUUUGAGGAAAUAACUAGAAAUGAAUUUGAGCCCUGGGAAAGAGAGAAGAAAUUCCAGAAGAAGCCACUGAAAUUUUUUCCAAUAGACAUGGAUGAUGGAAUUGAAGUGAGACAUGGAGGUCUUGCACUUCGGCAGCUAGGAGUUGCAGUCACACACUGCAAACUUGAGCCUUUGCUUGCCAAUUUCAUGAAGGUUUUGUGCAGUCAGGGGAUAUACAAGUAUGUUCUGAUGGAGAUCGGACAUGACCCCCCAGACCUACCAAUAGGGAUGGUCACUGAUUUUCACUUGAAACGAUGUGAGGAGGUUCUCCUAGAGUUCAUUGAAAAGGUGAAAUCAAUGAAAGAGACUGGGCUGAAGGCUGAGGCUGUUUGGUCAGAUUUUAGCCAAAGAUGGUUUACUCUGAUGCACUCCACUAGAUCUUUCAUCUUUCGGGACUUUCAAGAACUUGCAGACAGUGCUGCAGCUGCACUAGAAACUGUUCGAGACAUAACUGUGGCUUCACACCUUAUAGAAGACAUGAGUGCCUCAACCAUUGAUGAUCCAUUGUCUGAUCGAUACAAGAAACUGGGAUGCUCAAUCGCCCUUGAUAAAGAUUCUGAUGACUACAAAAUGAUCCUGAACUAUCUGCAGAAAACUUAUGAACCUGUCAAAGUUGGAGAUAUUGAAUAUGGUGUGUCCGUUGAUAACAUAUUUGCUGUGGAAACAAAUGCGCACUCUUCUUAUGAUGAAAUAAAGAAGUUACCAAACAAAGUCCUUUUAUGGUGUGUUGUAUACAAAUUUUUCUUUACUGGCACCCGCACCUCAAAUUUAUUGAGGCACUUGCAUAAAGGAUACUUGCCAUCAAUAUGUCAUCUUCCUGUCCCGGGUUACAUGUUUGGCAGGGCAAUAGUUUGUUCUGAUGCUGCAGCAGAAGCUGCUAGAUAUGGGUUCACUGCAGUAGACAGGCCAGAAGGGUUCUUGGUCCUCGCAAUUGCUUCUCUAGGAGAUCAAAUUACUGAGCCAAAGAGUCCACCUGAGAAUACCAAGUCCUUGGAAGACAAGAAGCUUGGGGUGAAGGGGCUGGGUCGAAAGAAGACUGAUGAAUCAGAACACUUUGCUUGGAAAGAUGAUAUAAAAGUACCUUGUGGUCGCUUGGUUCCCUCAGAGCACAAUGAGCCCCUUGAAUACAAUGAGUAUGCUACUUAUGAUCCUAAACAGGUGAGCAUAAGGUUCUUGGUGGGAGUGAAGUAUGAAGAGAAGGGUGCGGUGAUGGAGACUAAGGAGUGAAGAAUAGGAGAAGAGAAUUGCUGUUGAGAGCAAAGGGUCCUGUUUUGUUCUUUCAGUCUCUUUCUUUAGCUCACUCGCUCUUGUACCUGCUCUAACUUUUUGUAUGGAGAUGGAACCUUUGUAUCAGGCGGCUGAUGAUGUUGAUGUAUCUUUUGUUGUAUAUAAUCAUCAAUAACCCUCCCGUAUCUAUAAUCUAUCUGUU